UCAAACGUCAAACCAAGAGCCGUGUAGUGAACACUUUCACUCUCUCUAUCGAUUGAACGAGAGCUCAAUUGAGUUUGGGGCGAUAGAGAGUUUCCCUCUACCCAUAGUAUGACCAAAUUUGAUCAAGUCUUUCAUUUUGGAUGAGACUCUCAACUUCCAUAUCCCUUGCUCUUAGGACAGUCGAUGGGACAGCCUGCUGAUAAUUCAAAGUUUGUUUGUCCGUUGGAUUCAUCCUCGAGCUCGCCAGUACUUAGAUCUAACAGUUUUGCUCCUUUGAUGUCUAUGUCGACUCACUCUCAAACUUCAAAGGCUACAACUCAAAAUAUUGCAGAGAUGGAAGAGGAGAUCGAGGCCAAAGUAAAUUUUCAUAUUCAGUUCAAUAAAAAUCUUGGCAUCGACUGUAAUCAUCCUAACAUGAGAGAAAUUUGCAAAAGUUUAAUUCAGAGGAAUUCUGCAAACCCAUCAAAUAUGGAGCUUCCAGCAUAUGCAGAUAAUGAUGGAUUAGGGUCUUAUGAUUCUGAAGAUAAGGAGCAAUUGGAUGAAGUAGAUGUGGAGGAGGGUCGAAUUGAUGCAAUUAACGAUUUGGGAGGAGCUUCAGGUGGGAUUAUUGUUAUGUGGAAACAAGGUUUUUUACACAUGGAAGAUCACUUGGUUGGGGCUUUCUCACUUUCUAUAAGGUUUACAAAUAUUUCUGAUAACUUUCAUUGGUUAUUCAUUGCUGUUUAUGCUGCUUCUGAUUCUGGGUAUUGUAGGCAAUGCUGGCAGGAAUUGUCAAAUAUUAGAAUUUUGUUCGAGGAUCCUUGGGUUUUAGGUGGUGAUUUCAAUGCUAUCCUAUCUCAAUCAGAGAGAAACAAAUCUGGUGGUUGUAUUACUAAUAGAAGGUUCUUCAAAAAAUUUGUGAGCAGGCAUGAGCUUAUGGACUUACCUGUGGCUGGAGAUUUUCUCCCUAAUCUUAAGGUUUGGUGGCAAAAUCUUACAUUUACUGGAAGACCAAGCUUUGUGUUUGUGAAGAAGCUACAAGGACUGAAAUUUUUUAUCAAGGCCUGGAGGAAGACUUUUGGGGACUUACAACUUAAAAUUGAUCACUUAGAGGAUGUUAUUAACUCUUGGGAUUUGCAAGAAGAAGCAGAUAUUGUUUUGUCCACUGCAGAGGUAGUUGCACGAGAAGAAGCAAAAGCUAAACAUGCUGCUCUUACUCUUGAUGUGGCAAGAAAGUGGGGACAGAGAGCAAAGGAAGAUUGGGCUAGAAAUGCCGAGAAGAACUCCAAGUAUUUACAUCAAAUUUCAGACAACUUUGAUGAAGGUUGCAAGUGUUAGGUGUGGUUACAUCUCUUUCUGAUGAAAUUAUUGAAGAUUGCAGAAAAUGGCAGUUUGGACCGGAGUUUUCAGUGGCAAAUUGUUAUGCUUCUCUUGAUGUAGAUGGAUUGCUAGUAUUCCCUCAAAAACAGGUAUGGAACCCAAGAGUACCUUUAAAAGUCGCUUUUUUAGUUUGGACAAUGUGUCAUGAUGGUAUUCCUACUCUUGAAGUUCUACAUAAAGCUGGUCUGUUUCAUGUCUUUUCUGUGGUGUUGAACAAGAAUCACAAAAUCAUUUAUUUCUUCAUUGCUUUGAAACAAGAAAGCGUUGGCAUUAUUUCUUGGACAGUUUUAACAUGUUAUGGGUCUUCUCUGACACGGUAAAGCAAAAUGUUUGUGAAUGGGGAAGAAGAAAGAAGACUAAGAGAUUCAUGUACCAGUUGUGGAGCUUAUUACCGUUUUCCAUCUGGUGGGUCAUUUGGAAGGAAAGAAACUACAGGCUUUAUAAGGGUUUCAAGAGGAACUUUGAUCAGUUAAUAAUUACUAUUAAGUGUACACUGUAUAGCUGGCCAGUUAACACCAAUUUAUUUCAUGGCUAUUCUUUAAGCA